GCGCCGUUCAAUGGCGACUCGGUACUACUCUCUGUUCUGUUUGUUUGUUUGGUGUUGUCCUGCGUGUGUCCUGAAUCCAGUCUUGGUAUUAUUCAGUAUGACAGAUCUGCAUUACUUUAUAUUCGGGACAACAUGCCCGUUUUUGUGCCUGAUCUACCGCCGGAUUUUCAACCAUACAUGGAGCGGCCAAAACAACGCUGGAAGACACGGAAGCGGGGUGUGAGGGGUGGCGCGCUAGUCCGGCUUAGGCGUCGCAUCUUCCGCCCAGCUUUACCAAGUCUGAUUCUUUCCAAUGUCCGCUCUCUGGCAAACAAAAUCGAUGAACUUUCUAUGCUCACUCGUACACAGAGAGACUUCAGAGAUGCCGCUGCUAUCUGCCUGUCUGAGACCUGGCUGGUUGAAAGUUUUCCGGACUCUAUGCUACAAAUAAACGGUUUCUGUUUACAUCGCGCAGAUCGCACCGCAUGCUCACGGAAACUACGUGGAGGCGGGGUUGGCUGUUACAUCAAUAGCAACUGGUGUUCGGACUGCAAAAUCUUGUCACAAACCUGCUCUCCAGAGCUGGAGUCUCUCACCGUGAUGUGUAAGCCCUUUUACUUGCCUCGUGAGUUCUCUUCUGUUGUCCUGAUGGUUAUUUAUAUUCCCCCGGACGCCUCUGCUCCGGCUGCUUUGCAGCAACUUGUGGAUAUUAUCACGGAGGUGGAAAACAACAAUCCUGACGCUGCUACGUUUGUACUGGGGGAUUUCAAUCACGUCUCCUUGAGGAAGGCUCUCCCCAGAUAUAAACCCCAAAUUCAGAUUGCUACCAGGAAGGAUAAAAUACUGGACCAAUGCUACUCCUCUAUUCCUGAGGCGUAUCAUGCUGUGGCCAGGGCCCCUCUGGGUAGAAGAUAUAGGAGCAUCAAGACCUCCACAUCACGCUUCAGAGACAGCACUUACCCUCUGGCCAUUAGAUAUCUGAAUUGCACUGAUCGCUAGCAGCACUUUUUCCACCUGUACACAAGUUGCACUUAUCUCUCAAAGGGCAUGGUACUUUCUAAUGUUUGCAGGUCUGGUCUCAUUGUCUACUGUCUGCUGGGUACUGUUGUUGUUGAUGUAUAGUGUUUGUCUGUUAUUCAAUGUUUACAUUUGUUAAUAUGAUGUGAAGAUGCUAUUUAUGUCUGAGGGUGUGGUACCAAGACAAAUUCCUAUCAACUCUGUUGACAUGGCAAUAAAUUUAUUGAAUCUUGAA